CCUUAGAGGGUUUCGGGAGGUUUGAGAGCUUCCUCUCCCCCAGGCAGGACAGGGCUGGGCCGGCGGAUCCGCGUAGUCGAGGUUCUCUGGCUGCGGCAGUUGGGAGGCUGCGGGCCGGCGGCACGAUGUGGCGGGCAGCGAUGCGAUUUUGUGCAUUAAACAAGGGACGGCCAAUUCUUUGCAGGGCACCCGACCAAGAGACAUUUAAUAAUAGAACCAAGGGAACCCUCAAUAUGGAAGGAGCAGGCCCACCUGUUCCUAUGACUGAUGUCCGGCAUAAACUUCGGGAGAUAAUAGGAAUAUCCAAACACUGGAGUGACCAUGUGAAAGUUAUGGAGGAGAGAAAGUUACUUCAUGGUCUGUUGCCUAAGAGCCAGAAGGAGCUGCCUUCAAGGAGGAUGAAAGACAGUUAUAUUGAAGUCAUUUUGCCUUUAGGAACUCAGCCUGUAUUACGGGAGAAAUAUUUGAACACAUACAAUUGUGUAAGAUUUGGCAGAAUUCUUGAGGAUCUUGACAGCUUAGGAGUUCUUAUUUGCUAUACUCACACCAAAAUAGAUUCUGGCAAGAUGUCACCUUUCUCUAUCGUGACAGCCUUGGUUGACAAAAUUGACUUAUGUAAGAAGGUCAUAAGUCCAGAAAAUGAUAUUAAGUUCAUUGGACAUGUGAGUUGGGUCGGAAGGACAUCUAUGGAAGUCAAGAUGCAUGUGUGUCAGUUAUAUGAUACAGUUUACCAUCCUGUGUUGGAUGCAACAUUUGUAAUGGUGGCUCGAGAUCCUGAAAACAAAGGGCCAGCUUUUAUAAAUCCGCUAGUCACUGAAGGUCCAGAGGAAGAAGAACUCUUCAAGCAAGGAGAACUGAAUAAGGGGAAGAGAAUUGCCUCCACUACUGCAUCCUUAUUGAAGAUGGCUCCCACUGCAGAAGAAAGGCUUGCAGUUCAUAACAUGUUCCUUAAUACACUGGACCCAAGGACUAUAAGUUUUCAAAGUCGAGUUUUACCUCCAGAUUCAGUGUGGAUGGAAGAUACAAAAUUGAAGAGCCUGCACAUAUGCCAGCCUCAGGAACGGAACAUUUUCAAUAGAAUCUUUGGAGGUUUCCUUAUGAGAAAAGCAUUUGAACUUGGUUGGGCUACUGCUUAUCACUUUGCUGGUUCCAGACCUUUUAUAGUUGCUGUAGAUGAUAUCAUGUUUCAGAGGCCUGUUGAAAUUGGAUCACUGCUAUUCUUUUCUUCCCAGGUUUGUUUUACUGAAAAGGAUCACAUUCAAGUUAGAGUACACAGUGAAGUAGCUUUCCCUGGCACUAAAGAGCACAAGACUACCAAUGUCUUCCAUUUCACAUUUUUGGUUGAAAAAGAAGUGCCAUCAGUGAUUCCCAAAACUUAUGGAGAUUCCAUGUUAUAUUUGGAUGGUCAGCGACAUUUCAUGGGCACAAUGGAUCAAAAAGCCGGUGGAACAGCUAUUACCCAGUGACACCCUAAAAAAAUGCUACCUUUUGGAAAGUGAGGAUGAGAGAACAUAUGGUAUUUAAGGAGGGUAGAAAAAGAAUUGUGCUAAAUGCUAAAAAAGCAUUCUCACACCUGUCAGAACUGCCAGAAAGUUUUUGAUAAAAAAACCAAACUCUUAAAAUAAUUAAAAUUGUGUUCAUAACCUAA